AUGACUGUGAUAGAAGGGCAGUCUGCAUGUCAGGGGACAAGCGGAGACGCCGAAAACGCGACAAAGGUUCCUCCAAUAAUUUUCUUCUCCCAGGGUUCUUUAAAAAUUUCUGGAUAGUGGAAAUUGAAAUUUCACAAGUUUUCCGUCGUUCUGCGCGUUUAGAUAUGAUACUUCAAGCUUUCUUGGAAGUUAAUUGCGGGAUUUUUUUGCUUAUAAAAAAAUAUUUUUUUGAAUUCUGAUUUUUCUAAAAAUUUCAAAUUUCAAAUUUCUAGUUUGAAAGCUUUCUUCAAAGAGUACACGCAGAAAAGUGCGAUUAACAUUUUCAAAAUAUCUAGAGUAUAGUCUUUCCAGAACAGUCAAAAUGAUGAGGCUAGAGCGCGGAUAAAUGUUGGAUGGAUGACGACUCCAAACGAUGUCAUUGAGAAUUUGGACACGUUAGUCUACAUCAGAAAAACAUUGCCAACAAGAUGUUUCAGAAGAGUUGUGGAGUUUAGUACUGCGCUUGGAAAAUUCCAGUACAGUUUUGUCGGCUACCCAAUCGGAGGAGUCGUUCGAUCCUUUUGGAAGUAUUCCAGGUACACAAUGCUUGUGGAAUGUGGAAAAGUCAUUCAGAAAAAUAUAUCUCUUAGUUUCAAAAUGUAGGCAUAAAAUAAGCGGUUCUUAUAAAACCCAAAAAAGUAUGUUUCUUAUUCAGUUUUAAUUGGAGAUUAAGUUGAUUUCAAAAAUAAGAACCUUUGCUCUUGCGACUUUCAUCAGAUUUUCCUUUCAGAAACGAAGAACCUCCUCUCAUAAAUUUGCCUGACAUGCAGCUUCAGAACCACUUAUGGGAAACUUAUUUCAGUGGACAGGUAGAGUUUAAUAUUUUUUUUUCCCAGUUUUGUUGCUGAAAGUUAGGUUCGAUAGUGACUCAAGUCAAUUUUGUGUAGCCCAAUUAGCCCAUUUACAAUUUAAAUCAAACAAACUUAGUGAAUUUUAUUUUAAUUUUUGCCAGGUCUCCUCAUGGAUUGAUUGCGAUUCAAAAGAUGAACAUCUUGCGCGUUUAUCAGAAGAAGAGCUUUUAAAGGUUGGUACAAACUUUUGCGCACUUUCAUGAAAAGUAAAGUUUUUUUUUUUGCUUUGUUUCAGCUUUAAGAGAUAACACCCACAAAAAAUUGUUUGUUUAGGAACUGAAUUACGUGUGUUAUUUGGGUCUUAGGACGAUAAUUGUGGAGCUGAAGCAUGUGAAGUCACCUCGACUGGCCUCUGUCCUGAACAGAUGGGUUUGGACCAAACACGCCAACUUUACGUACGUUUUUUCUUUAUUGCAUUCUUCGAGUUCGCCUGAGAAUGAAAACAAGAUAGGAAAAAAAAAACGUUUCAGUACACUUGGAAUUUUUCAGCAUAUGGGUUUUCGUCCCUACUUCAGUCCAAACUAUUGGCGGCGAGCUGGAAGAUGUUUGGAGCGUUUGGGCCGAUUUUCGAUCUCAGUGUGCUAAUUAUUGUAGUUUGAAACUUCAAGGUAGUAACUCUUCAUAUGAUGAACGGCUCAAAUUUAGAAAGCUCAUUGAAUCUUAUCGACAUUUAUUUAUUUUUCUUUUUUUUUUUUUCAAAAAGAGUAGUGUCUUUAAGGAUUCAUUGAACUUUUUAUCGAUAAUCCAUGAAGCGUGAUAGAAAUUGAUUCUCGAGAAAAAAAUUUUUUUCAUAUUGCUCCUUGCAGUUGGUAUCCAUAUCACUUCGGAUUUGGACGAUGAGUUCACCGAUAAGAAGUUUGUCGAUCGCUGGAAGGCUGAACCGGUAUUCUUUUUUUUCAUCGAAGUUAGAAAAUGCUCAUUUUCAGGUUGGAGCUAUGAUAAUCGAUUCGGAUGCUUUCAUCACAGAUCCUGUCACUGGCGUCGCCACCUUAUCGCAGUGAGUUACACAGAUCUCCGCGAAAGUUCCAGCCUUCUUUGUAUUCUCCAAUUUUUCAGGCCUCACGCAGUGGCUAUUCGAGGUAUUUGGAUGAACGACAGCAUACGGUUGUUGAUCAGAGACGUUGGAAGUUUGUCGAAACAUUCAAAUACUCUGAAAAUGGAAUACGCAAGGGUGAUUUUUGAAUAUAUAUAUUUUUAGAAUCAUAAUCUUUUUUGUUGCAAUAUACCUGUUUGAGAGCAAAAGAUUUUUUUUUGAGGAAAGUGUAGACCAUUUUUUGGCGUAUCAAAAAAGUGUCAAAGAUUCCAACUCAAGUUUUUUUUUACAAUUUUCUCACGAAUAUCGAUAAUUUAUAUUUUCUCACGAUAUCUAUUUUCAGGCAGCUAGAAACACUGUGAAAGACGUUUCAUGGAUCCGAAGUAAGGCGGAAUGUUCUGAUUAUCCAGAUACUAACAUCGAUUACACUGAUAUUCUUCAGGUAACUAGAAAUCGAUUCACUUCGAUUUUUUUUUAUCAUCUUAAAAAAUUGCCACUUUUCUUAUCCAUUUCUUUCAAUACUUUUUGUUUGGAUUUUUUACUCAUUUCUGUAUCAAGCCACAAUGGCUCAUUGCAGGCGCCUCUUCAGCCUCUCGCUGACAAUUUGGACUCUUGUGUUUACAACACCUUUGAACAAGAUCCUAUCAAAUAUCAAAAAUACAAAGAAGCUGUAGAAUUGGCGCUGCGAGAUUUCGGAGAAAGUUCUGCUCAUCCCAACUCUGUCGUUGUUUAUGUUUUAGGAGCUGGAAGGGGUCCUUUGGUGAGAUUUUUGGGUUUCCAUCGCCAAAUAAGCGCUUUUUUGUAGGUUUCCGCGUGUUAUGAAGCUGAAAGCGCCUACAAUGAAAAGUAUCGAGCCAAGAAAGAUCGGCUCAAAAUAAAGAUGUUUGUCGUUGAGAAAAACACGAACGCGGUCGUGACGCUUCGUUAUAUGAACGUCAAGGCGUAAGUUUUCUAUUUUCAAUAAUGAGUCCUUAUCACGAAAAAGUCAGAGAGUUAAAAAAGGAUAAAGAGCAAGUAACAAUUUCCAAAAUAAUUUUUUGUUGAAAUCAGAAGUGUUGAGUCUAAUCUUCCACGUGAUCUAUUUACUAGAUCACGUCUAUUUACAUACUCAAUAAAAAGUUCCAUUCAAUCUCGUCACAAUCUCAAAAACUUGCAACCGAAUUUUCAGUUGGAAAGAGCGUGCGCGAAUCGUCGAAUCUGAUAUGCGAUCGUUGCCUCAAAAAUCUAUCGAAUUGGGCCUGGAUCAGCCGGACAUCAUCGUUUCUGAGUUGCUCGGCUCCUUCGGCGACAACGAAUUGAGUCCCGAAUGCUUGGAUGGCGUCACGCCUUUCCUCAAGCCGACCACCAUUUCGAUUCCACAAAAGUACACUAGCUAUGCUGGUUUAUUCUUCUCAUCAUCAGCUUUUUUUUAUCUUGGAAUUCAGCGCCGAUAAUGUCCCUGAACAUGUAUCAAACGAUACUCUCGACAAGUCCCAACUUUUGGAAUCGCGGCAUUUGUGGCCAUGGCCGGGACGGUCCCGAGCUGACCUCACGCGGAUCUUUCCUGCAACGAUAUCCGUAAGGCAACAAAGAGAAUUAUACCUGACCACAAUUGAUACUGUAGACAAGGAAGCGAUGUUUCCAACUUGGACCAGAUUUACGUCGUCUAUUUGAGGCAGUUCUGUCCUCUGGCCUUGCCGAAGGAAGUUUUCUCCUUCGAACAUCCAAACUUCGAGAACGUUUCCAAUGAUAGGAAGGCUCUCAUUGAGUUCGACAUCGAUCGGCCGGCUGAUGUUAGUUUUUGAUCUUUUAGGAUCGUUGAUGGUCUCUUCCAUUCUUUUUAGAGUAAAAAUUGUAGAGCGAUAGAAAGGUAAUUCUAAGAACUUUUAUUUUGAGUGUCUUCAAAAUUAGACGAAUGAGAAAUUUUAUUUUAAGAAAAAAAGUAUAUAAGUUGGCUUGAGAGAAAUAGGAACGACAUCUCUAUUAAAAAGAGGGCAUCAGAGUUUUAUUAAUAGCCAUACAUGAAAAAGUUUGGAAUUUAUUUUUUUGAGUGCAUUUCAGUUUUUUUUAAUUCUAUAUCUUUUACAAAAAUCUUUUUUUAAUGAGUUUUUUUAAAGAAUUUUUUUCUGAAGAAAAAUGACACGUUCGGUGGUAUGUUAUGAAAGAAUUUUUAUGAUUUCCUUGAAAGCAAAAAAAUUUUAAAGGCUCUGAAGAUAGUAUAUAACUAAACUCUCGAUUCUCAGAUAAUGGGCUUCGCGGGAUACUUUGACAUGGUUCUGUACAAAGACGUGAUGUUGUCGAUUCUGCCGUCGACUUAUUCGAAAGGAAUGAUCAGUUGGUUUCCUGCCGUCAUUCCGCUGAGAGACUUGCUCAGGGUCUCAAACGGUGAUAAGGUGUUCUGUUCAUGAUUUUGCUAGAUCUAUUUGUUUCUGUUUAGAUUCGUUUUCUGAUUGAAAGGAAGUCAGAUGAGCACGGAGUUUGGUACGAAUGGUGCGUCGAGCGACAGGUUUUUCUUCAUUCAAUUUUAUUUUAUAAGCCAAUCAAAUCGAAAUCAUAAUAUUUUAGAGUUAAUUCCGUAACUUCUUUUUUUCAGGGUGCAAAUGGCGAAAAAGAGCAAACUCCCCUGCAAAACCAAAACGGCCAAAGUUAUUACAUGCGGCAGUAA